AAGGAAGAGAUUUGAACUUUGAAUCAUGUCUGCUAGAGACUCCUCCAGUAACACGGCAACAACCAGCAGCAACAGCUGAGAGAGCAGCAGAGACCAGCAGCAGCACGGAGAGCAGGAGAAGUCUAGCUACAGCUGUCUGUCAGCUUUAACACUUCUUUACCCAGUCACUGACGUUUAGGAUAUAUCAUGUCGUUCAUCCUUAUGAAGAAGAAGAAGUUUAAGUUUAGAGUAAACUUCGACCUGGAGGAGUUGUCGUCGGUUCCCUUCGUCAACGGAGUUUUAUUCUGUAAAGUUAGACUCCUAGAUGGAGGCUUUGGAGAAGAGUCGUCUCGGGAGCAAGUCCAAGCCAACUGUGUACACUGGAGGAAGAAGUUCUCUUUCGUGUGUAAGAUGAGUGCCAAUGCUGGGACAGGUGUGCUGGACCCCUGUUUGUGCCGGGUGUCUGUGCGCAAGGAAUUGAAGGGUGGAAAGACUUUUGCAAAGCUGGGCUUUGCUGACUUGAACCUGUCUGAGUUUGCCGGGUCUGGCAGCACCACGCGACGGUGUCUUCUAGAGGGAUAUGACACCAAGAACACCAGACAGGACAACUCAAUCCUGAAGGUUGUCAUCACCACACAUCUUAUGUCUGGAGACCCCUGUUUUAAAACUCCCCCAUCUACUGCCAUGACUCUGGGAAACCCACAGGCCGAAGCAGAGUGUCUCCUUGAGGACAGAAAGGGAGGGGACAUGCACAUACCCUAUUCACUCACUGAGACUCCAGUAAAGUCAGUGUCGGUCCCAGAGGAGCUGGUAGCGUACGGUCACUCUAGGACACCCAGCCAUGCGAGUCAGCAGUCCAAAAUCUCAGGUUACAGCUCGAAUCACUCCAGUUUAACAGAUCUGUGCCAUCGGAGGAGCGCAUCAGGAGGUUCUGCCUCUACAGGCAUCGGCAGCAUCCUGGAACCCGGUGAUCAGCCGGGGGAGAGCAGGACCACUCCCCCAGUCUCUGUAUCUGAACACCCCUCCACUCCUGCUAAAUUUCCAAGACACCCAGUAAAGCAGAACUCAGUGGAGAAUCAGCUGAAGAGAGUUGAUGCCACCAGGCCGGAUGCCGAUGACAUAAUAGAGAAAAUCCUGCAGAGCCAGGAUUUCAGCCAUGGCGUCUUGGACUCCAGUGCGGAGGAGGAGGGACUCAGCUUGUUUGUUGGUCCUGGUGGGAGUACAGCCUUGGGAAGCCAGCAUAUGAGGGUCGCAGCUGGAGCCUUUGAGCAGGUGGUGAUCAAGCGCUAGGCUUUGGGAAGCAUGUGCCUGUCAUAAGGGUGCCGUAUUACACCGAUGCGGGGGACACAAGACUUGAGUUGUGGAGGCGCCAUCAGAACUUGCUCCAGCCUCACUCAAGUAGAUUUAGUUUCUCUUACACAAUCCCCUCUGCAUCUGACCUACAGUGUCUGCUGACCAGGAGAGCCCCCUAGUGUUCAAGAAGUGGAGGUGAAGGCCACAUUAUUGGAACAUUUUGGUGACUGAGAUAACCGGUGUACUGUUGGUCUUCUUCUAAGACUAGGGGUUAGUACUGUAAUUCUACACAUAUCGUUCACCCAUCUUUGUAACAUUUGAGCUGUUAAGGGGUUUCUCUGUUAUUUAAAAAAGUAUGCUUGAGUAUCCAACAUGCUUUUACUUUGGUAAGGUUGAUUUUGUUUCACCAUUUUACUUGUAACAUAAGUGGCUUGAGGGGGGACUGUGUCCGUUCCUUGAAGUCCCAUAUAUUUAAGCAAUAGAAAACUGACAUUGUGAAAUUCACAGCACCAUUUUGUGUCAUUAGCUCAUACCCAUCACAGAUAAACACCUCUACUCACCUGGUUGUGAGGGAGGAUGACUGCAUUUAAAAUACCAGGAAGAUUUUCAGUUUCGUUCCUUCGGUACGAUGUCUAUUUUGUGUGUGUGUGCAUGUGCGUAUGUCUGUUGUCUGUAAAGUCAAAAGUAAUGAAUAUAUUUUUACCACUGAUUUUGUAAAAGUGCCAAACUUAGUAAAAUGUAUAUAUGCUGCCACUUAUGAAGUCAUAUCUAAAUUAUGUAAACUAUGUAUGUACUGAAAGGCGGCUGUGUGCCCAUGAUGUUUUUAAGUUAUAUAUAUGUUGUUUUUAAGAUGUUCGAAUGUUGAUGUUGUAUUUAAUCUUCCUAUUGUCUUCCCGUCGACCGUGCAACUUUUGCUCUGGUUUGACGGUUUAUAAAGAAUACGGCAUAAAUUAUCACCCAA